CUCGGACCACUGCUCAUAGAGAUCAGAGUUCCAGAAUCUUUCAUUCUGAACACCACAGGGUGAGUCAGGAGCAAGUAGUUAGCUUUGAGGGAUUGUGGAUAUCAUAAUGCAGUUCUCAAGCACAGUGAUAAUGAUCAUACUAAUGGCUGCCAACGUGGACGGCAAGAUUUAUGAACGCUGUGAGCUAGCAAAGAAGCUAGAGAAAGCAGGCCUCAACAACUAUAAAGGCUACAGCAUUGGAGACUGGUUGUGCAUGGCACACUACGAGAGUGGCUUUGACACCUCCUUUGUGGACCACAAUCCUGAUGGCAGCAGUGAGUAUGGCAUUUUCCAGCUGAACUCCGCCUGGUGGUGUGACAAUGGCAUCACACCCACCAAGAACCUUUGCCACAUGGACUGUAAUGAUCUGCUCAACCGCCAUAUUCUGGAUGACAUCAUAUGUGUCAAGCAGGUUGUAUCCUCAAAGAACGGUAUGAAUGCCUGGGAUUCAUGGAGCCGGCAUUGUUUUGACCAUGAUUUAUCUGAAUGGCUCAAGGGAUGUGAUAUGAAAGUAAAACCCAACUUAGAGAAAAUUAUUCAUAACGCAAAUUCCUAGGAAUAAAAAAUUUCAUUUUCUUUUGUGGGGUUUAAUAAACUCACAAUAAACAAUACAAGAGUUAUUGCCUAUCGCAUGUCUGACUCUUCAUUUUUCUAAUGCCAAAAGGCACUUCCUCCCACAUCUUGACAGCUGUGAUCAAGAAAGCAAAUCACGUGGUGAGAGG